AUGUCUUUGAACCUUUUGCGUGCUUCGUCGCACUUGGCUCGUUCUGGUGUGAGUUUAUCGGCUCGCCAGUUACGCCGUCCUGCCAUGCGUACUUAUGCUACUCAGCCGUCGAAAGGCGGUAGCAAUUCUCCCUGGUUUCUCGGCUCAUUGCUGGUGUUUGGACCUCUCUUGUUCCAUUUGACUUCCCCUCCCGAGACACCAAAACCCAAACCUGCCGUCAUUCAGACAGAAUCCGUGUCUGCACCUGCGGCAGCCCCUGUGACGGCACCAGUGCCAACAGCGGAACCUACACCUGUCGUCACUGAAGCGCCGAAACCCAUUGCCAAACCUUACGUUCUCGUCGGUGGCGGCACGGCUUCCUUUGCCGCAGCUCAAGCUAUCAAGGAGAAGGAUCCCAACGCCAAUGUCAUUAUCAUUAGCGAGGAAGGCGUACCUCCGUACAUGAGACCUCCGCUUUCCAAGGAACUCUGGUUCUCUGAAGAUCCCAACGUCGCCAAAACGCUUGUCUUCAAGGAUUGGCAAGGAACCGAACGCAAUGCCAUCUAUCAGGAUAUCUCAGAAUAUGAGGUUAUUCAGGAUGCUUCUGGUUCUGAUAUCCAGACCAACAAGGUCAAGUUGCUCCUGAACAAGUCUGUGAGAAAGCUGAAUGUCGAAGAGCAUACGGUUACCUUGAACGACGGUAGCAAGAUUUAUUAUAACAAGGUCUUACUGGCUACUGGCGGUGCUCCCAAGCGUCUUCCUAACCAAGGCGACCAUCCUAAUGUGACCACCUUCCGUACAGCCAAUGAUUUCAAGCAAUUGGACAGUAUCGUGAAGAAGGGUGCCCAUGUGGCCGUUGUGGGUGGCGGUUUCUUGGGCUCGGAACUUGCUGUGGCUUUAGCUCAUCGCGCUGAACGUGAUCAAGUCAAGGUGACUCAAAUCUUUCCCGAAGAGGGCAACAUGGCCAACGUAUUCCCCGGCUAUUUGACCAAGUGGACGACCAGCCGUGUGCGCAAAUUGGGUGUUGACGUAAAGACCGGCAAUGCCAUCAAGUCGUUCAAGUCUGGUGACGAUGGCAAAGUGAUUUUGGAACUCGCUAACGGUGACUCUGUUACGGCGGAUCACGUUGUAGUGGCGGUUGGUAUUGAACCUCGUGUGGAUGUGGCCAGAGAGGCCGGUUUGGAAAUUGAUGAGAAGAGAGCCGGUGUUGUGGUCAAUGCCGAGUUGGAAGCACGAAAGGAUGUUUUCGCUGCAGGUGAUAUGGUUUCUUUCCAUGAUAUCCAACUUGGUCGUCGUCGCAUUGAACAUCAUGACCAUGCUGUGCUCAGUGGUCGACAUGCCGGUGAAAAUAUGGUGGGCGGUUCCAAGGCUUACCGACAUCAAUCGAUGUUCUGGUCGGAUCUUGGUCCCGAAAUCGGCUAUGAAGCGGUGGGCUUGAUUGAUUCCCAAUUAUCGACAGUCAGUGUGUGGGCCAAGGCGACUGAAAAGGAUACACCGGCAGCGGCGGCAGGCUCCGAGGCUGAAAGCCCGCGUGCGGCUAUGGAGUCUGAGAAGCCAGCUUCCACCGAAUCUUCCGUGACCAAGGCUGUGCAAGCCAAGAAUCCUCUCCAGGACGAAAAGUUUGGUAAAGGACUUGUGUUCUAUGUUCGUGAUCGCAAGGUCGUCGGUUUGGUUCUUUUCAACGUGUUUGGAAAGGUCCAGGAGGCAAGAGACAUCAUCAAUGCUGGCUACACCUCGGACAAGAUUGAUGGCUUAUUGAAAAAAUUCGACCUUCACAAGGACGAGCAUUAA